AUGCGAGUCUCGAGCUACUACCCCCUCAAGGCCUUCCCGCACCGCUAUGCUCAGAUGCUCGACUGCUAUCUCCAUGGCAUGCCGAUCUGCCAGUGUCCGACGGAAUGUGAUGGAUGUCAGCGCGAGCUCGAUCCCUCCGUUGCUGCACAUCAUCUCCAGACCUGCAAACGCCGAUCCUCCAAGCUUCCCACGGCGCAUGACAACCUUACUCGUACGAUUCGGUCGAUGCUGAACGAAGCUGGUCUUCAGAGCGUCAUCGAUACAGUCGGGGAUCCUCGUUCUCGACGGCAGGUACCCUCCCAUCCUCAUGGCCGCAAGAUGAAGGGCGAUAUCCACAUCCCUGGAAUCCGCGAUCGAGGGUCCGAGCAGUACGAGGGCUUGAUGGCGGACGUGACGUUGGUCCACCCUUACAUUGGUAGCUCUGCCGACCUGACCAAGUGGGGGGAGGUCAACCUCGACGCCCUCCAUGUUGCAGCGUCUGAGAAGAUUCGCAAACAUCGCGCUGCAUAUGCCAUGACUACUCCUCCUCGAGCGUUCAUCCCUCUUGCCAUCUCGACGGACGGUACCCUGCAUCCUGACACCCUCCGCUUCAUCUGGUAUCUUGCGGACAUCAUUGCUCAGCGCUCGAUGCCUCUUGAGGAUGCGGCGUUUGGUCGGCACUUCGUGCCUGAUGACGGACCUGCUGCUGAGGUCUUGGCUCGCAAACGCGCCGCCACCUAUCAGCGCCUCACCAUGCAGCUGACGCUGGAGGCGCUCUUGUCUGGUGCGAGGCGCAUGACGCCCUUGCGGGCGCAAGCACUUCUCGAGCCAGAGGACAGCUCCUCCUCGGACUUUGUCGAGUCGCCCGAGGGGGAGUCUUCGCCGGAGGUCUCCGACUCCGAUGGGGGAAACCCUUCGAGUGGCCCCGACGAUCGGCGCGGAGCUGGCGAAGCGUCUCCGUCCCUCACUGUGACGUCGGGUGCCUCCGGAGAGCUCGACACCACUGGGGUGCUUGCUGCUGGUCCGAGCUCGCCUGCUUCCUCCCCGGCAUCGGUCGCCGGGUCACGCCGGUCCUUGGGCAUUGCCGCGGCGUCGCCGCCGUCACGGGCGGCUACCACUGACUUGGCUACCGCUGACUCGGAGGCUAGCGAGGAGGACUACCUCGAGCGGCGGACCCCCCGGGCAACGCCGGCUCCUUGCGUCACGGCGGCUAACACUGACUUGGCUACCGCUGACUCGGAGGCUAGCGAGGAGGACUACCUCGAGCGGUACCGUGUUCCUGUGUCCAGCCUCCCUCCGUCCGCUGCCCCAGGCGGACCCCCGGGCAACGCCGGCUCCUUGUCGGCGGCUGCCCUUUCUCCGUCCGCGGCCGCCCGCUUUGUGGCGGCAGCGGACGUCUCGACUGACAGUGGUCAGUCGGCUGCCUCCGGGUAUCGCGUCUAA